UUUACGUUGCUGACAACAGUGCGCUUGCGCAGUGUCACACCGCACAACUGCACUAACCAAACAUGGCGGCGGCCGUCGACAGUGUUGUGAAAGUGCUGGGGGAGCAGUAUUACCGGGAUGCCAUGGAACAAUGUCAUAGCUACAAUGCCAGACUGUGUGCUGAGCGCAGCAUCCUCAUGCCCUUCCUGGACUCGCAGACUGGUGUGGCUCAGUCUAACUGCUACAUCUGGAUGGAGAAGCGACACCGAAGCGCAGGUGUUGCUCCAGGUCAACUGUACACGUAUCCAGCUCGUCGCUGGAGGAAGAAACAGCGCUCUCAUCCCCCCGAAGACCCCCGAUUGGCCUUCCCCCCUCUCAAAGCAGCAGAUUUGGAACUGGGCCUGAAGCGAGAAGCCUUGGGAGCGGUGGAUGGGAGCAGUCUGGAGGCUCUGUUGAAAGGUGAGCCCCUUGACAGAAGGAGUGGUGCGGCAGACGUCCGAGGUUCCGAGGACGAUCCAGCCACCAUAGACCCCCCUGCUAGCUCGACGACGACGCACACAUCCUCCGGACGCGUCCGCAAGAGAGUCCUUGACCAUGAUGACUAUCUGGAUGACUUAGACGAUGAAGACUUUGAGGAUGAGACCCCCAAGAGGAAAAGCAAGAGCAAAUCCAAGGGUCGCAGUGACAAGAACAGCAAGAAGAAAAGCGAGGCAGCGGCCGCGGCUCUGGAGGAAAGAGAUAAACCGUACGCCUGCGACAUCUGUGGGAAACGCUACAAGAACCGCCCAGGCCUGAGCUACCACUAUACACACUCUCACCUGGCGGAGGAGGAGGGUGAGGACCGCGAGGAGAUUGAGGCACCACCCACUCCUCGCCAGCCUGAGGAGCAGAAGACAACUAAAAAAGGUCCCAAUGGUCUAGCACUGCCUAACGAUUAUUGCGACUUCUGUCUGGGAGACUCCACCUUGAACCAGAAGACCGGCCAAUCAGAAGAGCUCGUGUCCUGCUCAGACUGUGGACGUUCGGGCCACCCAACAUGUCUGCAGUUCACGCCUGUAAUGAUGGCCGCAGUGAAGACCUACCGCUGGCAGUGCAUCGAGUGCAAGUGCUGCAAUGUUUGCGGCACGUCAGAGAAUGAUGACCAGCUGCUGUUCUGUGACGACUGUGACCGAGGCUACCACAUGUACUGCCUCAGUCCCCCCAUGACGGAACCGCCUGAGGGGAGCUGGAGCUGCCACUUGUGCCUGGCUCUGCUCAAGGAUAAAGCCUCCAUCUACCAGCAGAACCAGAGCGCCUGCUCUGAGUGACAACGCCAGUUAGGUGGGCUCACCCCCGCUGUCACAUGACCACCGUUUGAGCAUUGAGCAAAGCAACACGUCAGAACACCCACUUCUGUGUAGCUCAACCGGCUCACUCUUGUUCCAUCUGGACGGGGACGGGGAGGGGGGGGGCGGCAUGACUCCAAAACAGACCUCAGAUCAGUUCAAGUGUGGCUCAUACUGAAGCACCGACCUGCCAGCGUAGCUGUCUUCAUACAUUCAUCUGUACACAGCUGUCUUGGACUGCUGCUACAAAUCAGACACAGACGACAGAGCGGGCAUGUGGUAACCAUAGCAACCACUGUCUCCAUGGGAACUCCCGGGAGCAAACGGACUCUCGUCACAGCAAAUAUCCGCAUCUGCACUGUGUAGUGUUAUGCUGUGUUUUCCGACAAAUUAUCUAUUUUACAAAACACAACACAAACAGUAUGUUGCUGGGGAAUUAUAUUAUCAUCAUUAUUAUUAUUGUUCUGGUUACUAGUGGACUUUAGUAGGGACAUUUGUCUGUGUACUUCAUCGGGUCUUUUGGAGCAUUUUUCCAUUGAAAGAUUUUCACCAAGGCCAUGCGGCUCGUUAUGUUGCCGGAUGGAGCCGAAAUAAUAUUCUGUUGAUUGGGCUCAGAAGGAGGAACAUUACGUUAUGGUUGACUAUCAUUUUUCCAUUAGUAUUUAUCCACCAAAAGGUGCCCACAAGGCUACAAGGUUGCUUAUCACUUUCCCAUAUCAUUGCUUGGUGUUAGUUCACUAUGAAGCUACCACAGCCACAUUUCAGACAUGUAGAGACCUCGCACAGUGACACUGUCAGCAACAACCCAGUGAAUGCAUUCGCCUAAUUAUUUUGUCUUUUUAAAAUACAUAUAUAUAUAUAUGUGUAUAUAUAUAUA